GCAGCCUUGUCACACAGCAGCACGCACCUGGACCGUCACAGUGAGAGCAGAGGAGUGAUGGAUACUGCACCGAGCGCACACUGGGCGGCACAAUGACAAGAGUAAGAGAAAAAAGAGAACAGGGGAACAGGCAGGGGUUGACCUUGGUCAGAAUAAUAUGGCUGAAUUAUUUCUAGGCAAAGUUUUGAUAAAAAAUAACAGUGAUCAGGACGAGUUGGACACUGAGCGAGAGGUUUGGAAGAUACUGGAAAAUCGUAUUCUGCUUUUGUACUUUGCCGAGUCAGGAUGUCCACGCUGCCAGGAGUUUGCACCUCUCUUAAAGGAAUUCUUUACCAAACUGACUGAUGAGUUCUACGUGAACCGAGCUUCCCAGCUGGCACUGGUUUAUGUGACCCUAGACCGCACUGAGGAGGAGCAUGACAACUUCAUAAAGGACAUGCCAAAGCGGUGGUUAUUGGUACCUUUUGAAGAUGAAGAGUUUAGAAGGGAACUGGAAGUUCAGUUCUCAGUUUCUGAAGUACCAGUCCUUGUAGUCCUGAAGCCGUCUGGACAGAUCAUCUCUCCAAAUGCAGUGGAUGAAGUGGUUCGCCUAGGACCUCCAUGCUUCAAGAAUUGGCAGGAAGUGUCUGAAAUAAUUGACAGAAGUUUCCUUCUUCCAGAGUUCAGUGACUCAACACCUUCAAGGAGUGUCAGCGAACCUAUCCGUAGAAUAAAAUACAAAGUAGAGAGCAACAAGAAGGAGAAGGUGCGGUCUGGAAGGGACGAUGAUGAUGAUGGAGGUGGUGGAGGAGGAACGGGUUUCUUCUGAGCAGAACUCAACGUUCAAUGUACUGUAAAUAUUAUAACUGGUUCAUAAGUAUAGAUGAAUGGA